AUGGCCAGCGAAGAACGCAGAGCAUCCACAGAGCAUCCAGUGGUGAGUGAGCCGAAGGAAUGGGCCGGCGCAGAGGACUCAGACGACGACAAACCGAUCGAGAAGCAUGCAAGCAGAUCCUUUGAAGCCCGGGAGAAGCGGCUAACCGUGGCCGCCGUGAAUCUCCAGAGUGACAAGAUCCUUGGUGACCAGGAGGUUACCGUGGUUGAUCAGCAGAAAGAGUGGAAGGAUGGUGAGGAGUCCGAGGAAGAGGCAUCGCCCGACAGGGUCGCAAAGCGUGCCUCGCAGUCCUUCCAGAAGCGGGAGAGCCGCUUGGCCCAGGGCGCUGUCAUCCGCCGCAGCUUCUGCGAGAGCGAGGCCAGCCAUGUCGUCUCCUUCGAGCAAAGCGGAAGCGUGCGGCAGGCGGCACCAGCAAAGCACAGAGAAUUUGUGACCAUCUUCCAGGUCGCCGACGUUGAGAUGACCCUCACGAACAGCGUCAUUGCGCCACUGCCCGCCGGGAUGGCUCUGGAUGCUGCAAAGGUGGCUUUUGAAAACUUCGGUGAGGUUUCCCGUGUUCAGCGCCUGGAGAAGUUCGACAGCUUUGUCCAGGUCGUCUUCUACGAUGUUCGUUCGGCCGAUCGAGCAGUGAAGGCUUUCGGUGCGGCUGGCUGCAUCUCAGGUCCUCAGGUCGGUGAUCGCACGGUCAUGCUGGCAGGGGAUGACCAGCUUUCAACAAAGGACUUCCAGAACAUCUCGGAGGUUUGCAAGAGCCAGGAUGGCACGUUCUUUUUGGAGUUCUACGACGUGCGCGACGCCACGCGAUACCGGACAGCAAAGGAGGCUUCUGAGAUCGAGUUGCCACCUGGUCUGUCAAAGGCUGGCCCAGCCAAGGAAUCGCCACAAGUGUCGCCGCCGCCCGGACUCGCGAAGGUGGCCGCCGCGGCGCCAGCAGCGCGCACGCCGGCCGGUGAGUGGCAGGUGGUGAUCCACAACUUACCAGCAAAGAUUCUGACGAAGGUGAUGAUGGAAGCGGUCUUCCAGCAAGCUGGCUUCGAUGGAUACCUAAAGGAGUUCACCAUUCAAGCUGGCAAAGCUGGAGAGGUUGUGGCCAAGUUUGCAGACCAGCUGGCAGCACAGAGGUGUGUCGCGCAUUUCUCUGGGUGCCAGUGGGACAACAAGUCCGGUGCCGUUGUCACUGCAGAGCUCGUUCCUCCAAGGGAGACGAAGCCAAGCAAGCAUCUUAAGAAGAAAGCUCUUGCCUCGGCCUCCAACGAGAUGUCCGCGGAAGCCCCUGCCUUUCAACCGAGCUCCAUGGCACCCUAUGAGUUCUCUGCCGAGGCUCCUAUUUUCAUGCCGCUCUUGGGCUACAUGCCGAAGGUUGAAGAAGAAGAACAAGCAGUCUCCGGAAACACCCGCACCCGAAAUACGACCAAGCUUGCCUUUGGCUCAGACACCAGCACAGAAGUGGGCGAUUCCGAGGACGACGACAAGGCAAGCCCUGCUCGGGUGAAGCGCAUCCCGCCGCAACAGGCCAUGGGUGCUCGAUCUCGAUCAGGCUCAGCCUCCUCUGCCUAA